UUUUUCAGAGAAGGCUGGGCCACAUGUCCAUCCGGGCAUUUUCUUAAUGGGUUCCACAGAGGAGGAAGUAAUCAGUUAAAAAGUAUCCAGUGGGCACAAUGUUGUAAACCUGCACUACAGCCCCACUGGUACAAAGAGUGCAAAGAUCAAGAUGUUGGUUCUGGUGAUACAUGGAAAUGUAACGAUGAAGGAUUCUAUGUAGUUGGACUACACAGAGGUACAUCUGAGACGCUUUCUAGCAUCAACAAGCUUAGAUGCUGCAGUAUGUAUGACGGUGAGUAAUUGUCCCCGUGAGGAAGGGGAACUUGAAAAGGAUCAGGUAGUGGUGCUUCACAGGGGUCUGGAAUACCCUACGCUGUCUAAGGCCAAAGAAAAACAUUCCCAUCCCCAUCUCGGACUACAGAGUUCAAUUGUACACCCCAUCUCAGAGCGCGAGUGGGAGUGUGUUUUUAAUUAUGAUUUUUUUCCAGAUUAGUAUGAAAUGUGAUAUUACUUUCGCGUUUCAAUACAACCCGAUUUAGAUAAACAAAGAGUUUGACUUAGUUAAGUUUAAUCUUUUCCGUCUAAAAGGUAGAAUAAAGGCAAGAAUUUGAAAAUGUUUUCGGUUGUACAUGUACGUGGUCAGACCUAUGCGGGUUUGUGGCCGUGAUCUGUCUAAAAAACCGUAGUGGAUCCUUUUGCCACUUUAGAAGAGGCUCAUACCUGAACAGGUGGAAUACGCUAUUUUUGCAUUAGAUAUUAUUAAUAGUAAAAAGCAGUCUUUUUAUUGCGUUUUUUUGAAGCUGGUAAGUUGCGGUCACAAACGUAAACCUUGGCAAAGCCCCAAUAACCUCUGCCUCUAAUUCCAUGCGGUAUCAUGAAUCUACAUGUACUUGUAUCUGCAUCUUGAGUGUUACAUGGUUAGCAGGGGAUGUUAAAGAACCCACACACUUAUCGCGAAGAGUAGGGCACGGAGUCCCCGGUGUUGUGGUCUGGCCUUGUCUCACGGACUGGUGCUUCACAUAGGGUUAACCUCAUUUCGCCUUUCCACCUUGCACAGAAUUGUCCAAGAAGAAUUGCAAUAUCUAUGUCUAUAACCGAUACCACUUUUCCUUGCAGAAGUCCUACCACUGAAGUCGGGAGAUGAAGUGAAGACGAGAACGAUGGAUAUGACACUUGAUAAGUUGGCUCUUUUGGCAUUUUACUUGGGAUACGGUUGGUCAAAAGGCUGCAGAGGUCAGCAUAAUGGCCAAGAUUUUAUAAGAGACGGUGCCAGCUGGAGGUCUCACUACCAACGCGGAUGCAGUGGAGAGAAGGCAAAGGAACGUCUGAAGAUCUUUUACGAGAACUUUUCUUUUAAAGUAAAGAACAUCGACUACGAGGAGCCAGAAAUUCAAUCAAUCAAGCCUAUAGUACAGGAUGUUGGAGAGAUUAACAACCUAGAUUCGACUUCAACCCAAACAAGUAUUUCACGAGAAAUAAAGUCUGUUCGUACCGUCACCCAUUCUUCUACCACCAGGUUUAAGUCCACCUUUGGAGCUUCAAUAACACUCAGUUACACAUCUCCCGGAACGUUCGGCUUAGCUGCUGGAACUUUCAAAGCGUCCAUAACCUUGUCUGGAGGAAGCGAAAGUGCUGGACUGAACACAGAUGAAGACGGUAAGAUCACGUGGGACAUCGUUAAAGUGAUAGACAAGCCGACCACAGAGGCCAAUUCAGGAUCAUCAUACCAAAUAACCACUUCCAACAAGGAAGUGAACGUACCUUACAAAGCCACCAUUCAAGUCCAGUUCACGGUCAGAUUUGAAGGCUUCCUGGAAAAGAAAAACUUCCACGAGACGCACAAAGGUAAAAGCAACCGACCUUCCUUUGAAUACACAUUUGGCUCAGAGGGCGUUCCCUUUUACAAGUUCUUGAAGCAGGUCAGUGAGCGAGGUGACAGUCCUUGGCUAUGGAGUGAGAUGAUGCAUGGACAGGACGAGGAAAUGAAUAAGUACGGUCAGGAGGUAAUCGACCUACUGACCGACGAGAGCCUGUACGAGUUCGAACUCCAUGGCACGUUUCAUGACAUGGCAGGCUUGGAUUUCAAUGUGGAUUUUGGUGAUAAACCAGUUGCA